GCUAUGUAACUUCACCCAUUCGCCUCUGUGUCUCCGCAAGGGGAGCUGGACUCCGCUGUCUCUGUGCGCAUUUUGGGAAUUGGAUUUUUGUCGUUGGUAUUAUUUUCAUCGACAAACACCUGGCAAUUCUAUGACAGUCGCGAGAGGAAUAUAAUCUUUGAAGGAGACCCCAGAACAAGGAUUUUCACAGGUGGACUGUCACUGAGUUGGAAAGGGGAGCAAUCAUGGCUGAGGUGGCGAGUAUGACCAACCUGGAAACUAUGGACACGGCUAUGAGCAUGACCAGUACAGAAGACAUCCAUGCAGAAGACGAAGAGGUGUCGGUCCACACCGAGGAGGACGAAGAGGAAGAGGAACGCAUGGAGGACGCUAAGAGCAUGGAGGACAGCAAACGCACGGAGGACACCAAAACCCCAACCGACUCCACCACAAGCACAGCAGACAAGGACAAGGACGAUAAUACCACAAAUGAACAAGAUAAGGAGGCCGUUGACAGUGUCAAAAGUGGAGAUGUAGAGGAACCAAAGACAGACGCUAAAGAGGAUGUAAAUAUGGGAGACGUAGAACAACAACAAAACAGCACUGACAAAGAUGCUGACAAAGAAAAUGAUGCCACGGUCAUGAAUGGAGAUGCCAAAGAGGCGCCAACUAUGAAUGGGGUGGAGAGCAUGGAUGAAGACAAAACGAAAACAGACAACAACAGCACAGCGGCAGAGGCCAACGCUGAGGACCAGGGCACCGCGAGGAUGAGGACCAGGAAGGCGCGAGCAGAGGCACGGGCUUCCAGAGACGCCACCAUGACGGACAUCAAGAACAUCGCUGAUGUGGUGUGCGAGGAGGAGGCCAAUGCAAACGAAGUAGCUCUCAGACAAGAGAAACUGUUGAUGAAAGCCGCCAAGCCAGUGCAGAGGAGCUACGUGCCCAAGAUCGGGAAGGGGGAUGUGAAGAACAAGUUUGAGGCCAUGAAGAAGGCCCGCGAGGAACGCAACAGGACCAGGAACCAGGACGAGAAGGCCAGGAGGAAGGAGAAGGACAUCAAGGAGAGGGAGUGGAACCGACGCAAGCAAGAGAUAAAAGAGCUGCUAGCCUCCAGCGAUGAGGAAGACGUGAAACCGGCCAAACCCGAGAAAUCCUACGUCCCCAAAAUCACAGGGAGCGUGAAGGGCAAGUUCGCUGAGAUGGAGAAGCAGAGGCAGGAGGAGGAGAGGAAGCGGACGGAGGAGGAGAGGAAGAAGAGGGUGGCGCAGGAGACCCUGGAGAAGGCCAAGAUGCAGAAGGAGCUGGCCAAGAAAGCCGAGGAGACGCGGUCUCCCUUUCAGGAAGGAGACGACUCCCUCCUCAUCAAGGUGGUACCGGCCAGGUCCUCCAAGGCCCCCGGCAAGAUCAGAUUGAACUUCGAGGACAUGGAGAAGAACCGCGAGGAAGAGGAGAAGAAGAGAGCCGAGGAUGAGAAGAAGAAGAGAUACGACGAGAACAGGCGAUCCUUCCGAGAUGCCAAGCGCCGCUCUAUGGCCAUAGGGAGCGAGGACGAGCCCCAGACCAAGGAGAGGGAGCAGAUGUGUCCAGGGAAGCUGAAGAUGUCCUUUGAGGAGGCCGAGAAGGAGAGGCAGGAGCAUCAGAAGAGGCUGGUGGAGGAGGAGAGAGAGAGACGCCUGCUGGAGGAGAAGAAAGCCUUCGAGGAGGCCAAGCUCCAGAUGGGUGAUGAUGAGGAAGAGAUGCUGGAGGAGCAGGGAGACAAGGAGGGGGUCAGACCUGGCAAGCUGAGGCUGAGCUUUGAGGAGAUCGAGAAGCAGAGGGUGGAGGACAGACGCAAGCGUGCCGAGAAGGAGGCCAAGAGACGCAUGGAGGAGGAGAGGAGAGCCUUCGCCGAGGCCAGGAAGAGCAUGAUGUUUGAUGAGGAUGACGAGGUUCUUCUGGCCAUGAUCAACGCAGAGGGUGCCAAGCCAGGCAAGCUGGGCGUCAGCUUUGAGGAGCUGGAGAGACAGAGGAGGGAGGAGGAGCAGAAGAGGAAAGAGGAGGAGGCCCGUCGUCGCUUGGAGGAGGAGAAGAAGCAGUUUGCAGAAGCACGCAAGAAUAUGAGUCCUGGUACGGAUCGGGAAAAGUCUGCAUAUGGAGAUGGAGAAGCACAGGCUGACGACGACGAGUUUGGUCUGACAAAAACGACAUCUCAAGAAGCACUGUCCCCUGGGAAACUGGAGAUCAACUUUGAGGAGAUGUUGAAGAUGAAACAAGAGGCCGAGAAGAAACGCAAGGAGGAGGAGAGGCGGAAAAGACGGGAGAUGGAGAAGAUGGAGUUUGAGCAGAUGCGCCAAGAGAUGGAGGAGGACGAGGUCAACGAGAGCUCGGAGGUGGUGAGCAAAGAGUACCAGGAGCUGACCAAGCUGAAGCGAACAGGCUCCAUCCAGGCCAAGAACCUCAAGUCCAAGUUUGAGAAGAUCAAGCAGCUGACCGAUGAGGAGAUUCAGAAGAAGAUUGAGGAGGAGAGAGCCAGAAGGAAAGCCAUUGACCUUGAAAUCAAAGAGAGAGAGGCUGAGCGAUUCCAGGAGGAUGAAGACGAGUUCGGCAACGAGGCUGCCAAAGAGCUGGACGCUCCGUUCAAGCAGAAGGUGGACAUGCGCGCACGCUUUGAGCAGAUGGCCAAGGCCCGGGAGGAGGAGGAGAGGAGGAGGAUCGAGGAGCAGAAGCUUCAGAGGAUGCAGUUCGAGCAGCAGGAGAUCGACGCCGCUCUCCAAAAAAAUAAUGAUGAUGAAGAUGAGGAGGGCAGCAUCAUCAAUGGCUCGGCGGCCUACGAGGAUGAGGAAGACCACGCCAGGUCCGGGGCGCCGUGGUUCAAGAAGCCCCUGAAGAACCAGUCCGUGGUGGACGCAGAGCCCGUCCGGUUCACCGUCAAGCUGACCGGCGAGCCCAAGCCUGAGGUCACCUGGUGGUUCGAGGGCGAGAUGCUCCCGGACAGUGAGGACUAUCAGUAUAUCGAGCGGGGGGAGACGUACUGCCUCUACCUGCCCGAAACCUUCCCCGAGGACGAGGGAGAGUACAUGUGCAAAGCCGUCAACAGCCGAGGCACAGCCGCCAGCACCUGUAUUCUCACAGUGGAAACCGAGGACUACUGAUUCAUCCCCUUCAGUGGAUCUUUCCCCUAUCCUUUUGUUUCUUUUUUCUUUUCCUUUUGUAAAUCUUCAUUUUUCAUGGUAGGGCCAAACAGCAAGGAGGAGGCAGCAACACCUAUUCAUUCACGUGUUAUUUUUCAUUCUUUCUUUCUCUCUCUUUUGCCAUUCCUCCAAAGGAGAACGUACUGUACACUACUAAUAGUGCAAAUAUGUUGUUUACAUAAUACUCAACAGAAAACUGCACUGGCUGUCAGUAAACAUGCCCAAAUCAGAAGUAAAUCUGUGCCAAAAACCCAAUGUUUUUUGCUUCCAUAUUAAGGUUGUUAUCAUGAAUUAUGCACAAAAAAGUUUAUUAUUUUUGAAACUAUACACUUGCAUUGAUGUCAUGAAACUUAGGGGUUUGGUCUUAAACCCAGAUUAUCAUGAUUAUUUCCAACAAUAACAAAAAAAUGUUAAAAUUAUAUAAAAUAAUAUUCCUUCUUGUGGUUUCAUAUUUCUUUUUUUAAAAAUUCUGACAUGAGUAUCGAAAGUGUAGAAAGCUUAAGAUACAGUUUUUGCAUUAGAAUUUGUUUAGAAUACUUUCCUUUUACAUUUUGUGAUAUGUGAUUUAUGUUCAUUUUAACUGAAUGUAAACAAGUUUUCAUAUCUCCAAACAUGGUUCUUGAAAUAUGCUAGUGGAAAUGGCAUUAGGACACUGUAAUGGCACUACUAUAACAAUAGUCACAUGUGGUUUUGCUUAGACAGAAUAUUUGUGAUAUAUGGAAAUUAUAAUAAAACUUAUUGUAAGA